CCGAACUGACACUAACAGAAGUGGGCUUUACUCCCAAGUAAGCGUAUGCCUCGGCCUGCAGCCUUUUGGCCCCUCUUCGUGGUGCACGUGGAGUUGGGACUGGGCGCCAGGCGGGAGGGAGAGAAGGGGCGGCCCUGUUUGCCGUGGCGCAUGCCUCCCCCGAUGACAGCAGGUGAGCGAGGCGCGGGGGUGGGUCGGGCUCCUGCCCCCCCUCCCCGUCGGCGGGCCCUGGUAGUGGCAGGCAGGCAGGUUCCGCGGGGAGGAGGCGAAGGAAAGAGGGAGAGGGAGGGCCGGCCACGGGUUGGGUGCGGUCCUGGCGGUCCCCGAUCCCGGAUCUCUUCAAUUUCCCCUCUCUGUCGCUCACUCGUGCGCCGCGAGCAGAGGCAGCGGCAGCGAGAGCAGCAGCUCCGGCGGCGGCGCUGACCGCUAGAGCGCGGCGGCGAUUUAACCGCGGCAGCCAAAACAAACGGGGCCCGCGCUAUUUAUUGCCGGCGGCCGGAACGGGCCGACUCAGAGCGGCCCAUCAGCGCACCUGCCCCGCUCGCCGCAUGGACGCUGCCGCUGCUCGCUGCCCGGGGCUGCCCGGCUGCGGCCGCCGCCGCCGCCGCCGCUGCAAUUCCUCCUGCUGCUGAGCGCCCGCUCGUCGUCGUCGGAGCCAUGAAGGCGGCGCGGCUCCUGCUCCUGCUGAGCGGCUGCGCUCUGCUCUUGCUAGCGCCGCCGGUGCGCGGCUGCGGGCCGGGCCGAGUGGUAGGCAGCCGCCGCCGCCCGCCCAGGAAGCUCAUCCCGCUUGCCUACAAGCAAUUCAGCCCCAACGUGCCCGAGAAGACGCUGGGCGCCAGCGGCAGGUACGAAGGCAAGAUCGCCCGCAACUCCGAGCGCUUCAAGGAGCUCACGCCCAACUACAACCCGGACAUCAUUUUCAAGGACGAGGAGAACACGGGCGCCGACCGCCUCAUGACCCAGCGCUGCAAGGAUCGCCUAAACUCUCUGGCCAUCUCGGUAAUGAACCAGUGGCCAGGAGUAAAGCUGCGUGUGACGGAAGGCUGGGAUGAAGAUGGGCACCACUCAGAGGAAUCGCUGCACUAUGAAGGCCGUGCUGUUGACAUCACCACCUCUGACCGUGACCGCAACAAGUAUGGGAUGUUGGCACGUUUAGCUGUUGAGGCUGGCUUCGACUGGGUCUACUAUGAAUCUAAGGCUCACAUUCACUGCUCUGUCAAAUCUGAGCAUUCAGCAGCGGCAAAGACAGGAGGCUGUUUCCCAGCCCAGGCACUGACAACACUAGAAAGCGGGACCAAGAUUCCAGUGUGGGCACUGAGGCCUGGGCAGCGGGUCCAAGCCAUGGAUGAGCAAGGCCGUCCCAUAUACAGUGAAUUCCUGGCAUUUCUGGACAAGGCAUCAUCGGCACGGACUGCUUUCCACGUCAUUGAGACGCGGGAUCCACCCCGCCGCCUUGCCCUCACUGCAGCACACCUCCUUUUUGUGGGGGAGAAUGCCACUGCACCCAUGAAGGCUAUUUUUGCCAGCCUGGUACACCCAGGCCAAUAUGUGCUGGUGACAGAUGGGGGUGAGCUAAGACCAGCCAGGGUAGCAGCAGCCUCAGUGCAGAUGGAUAUUGGGGCCUAUGCCCCCCUCACUCGCCAUGGGACGGUGGUGGUGGAUGGAGUGGUAGCAUCUUGUUUUGCUUUGGUGCAGGAGCAGCACCUGGCCCAGCUGGCCUUUUGGCCCCUUCGACUCUUUCGCAGCCUGGCAGGGGGUGAGCAGACUCAACCAGAAGGCGUUCAUUGGUACCCUGCACUUCUCUAUCGCCUAGGCCGAAUGCUCCUGGCUUCGAACAGCUUCCACCCAUUGGCCACAGCACAGUUUGAGAGAUGAGAUGACGUCAUCAGGUGCCCCUUAAAGAGGGAGAAACCAGGUGUCACCUCCUAUGGUUAUAGGGAGGGACUGCAUGGUAGCCAGAAUCCAGAAUGUGGGGGAAAGGUGAGGCCACUGGCUCCCUAUACCCUUUCCCAGGCAUAAGGGCCAAAGAGAGGUUUUGACCUCUAUCUCUGAGUUGCCCCCUUUUUGGCAGGUUACAGAAGGGGCGCCCAAUGACAGGGUUGUAUGCUGCUAUUUUGGUUCAGGAGCCUCUGAUAGAGGGGGAGUUAACCAGGUGGAUGCGGGUAGUGAGUGGAGGUCCUGAAGCCUGGGGUGAAUGAAUGAGGGGGAGGAAAUCCUGCAUCUCAAUAUGCAGACUAGGGAAGUAGGAGGAGGUGGGCUGCUACAAGAAGGUAUCUGGGAGGGCUGAGUAUGGGGGGCCUACAGGACACUUUCUCUGGGCAGACAUCCAUGUGGUGCUCCUUCUAGCACUGUGGCAGGCAAAGUAGUUGUAAGGAAGACAUAUGGGACUCUUCCAUUGCUCUUUCCAGCUGCCAGUCAACUGGGCUUGUAAGCAGUGAGUGGGACAAGAGGUAGUGCAUCAGCCCUGAAGUGGAGAGGUUGGCACCAGUUAUAAUGAGGGAAAAGACAGUAGAAAUUGAAGGUUGUUUAUAAAAUCACACCGUCUUCUCUGGAUCAGGUGAAUUUAAGCCUAGAAUACUUACAAUGCCUCAUUUCAUUCUCAGAUUCAGUAAAGAAUCACUCCACCUAUAAUCAGUACUGGACACUGGCAGAAUGCACCUGACCUCCAGUUGGUUGCAUUGCAGCUACUUACCAGGAGGUAGCUGAGGGGCAAGGCAGUGGUAAGGUUGAGCCAGACAAAUUUGUGUUUCUUCCAGUGCAUUUGCAUCAAUGUUGUCACUUCACCCCGAUACCUCACAGUAACCAGUAGAUCCGACUGACGGGAGGUCAGGUGAACACCGCCGCCCCACCAUGCCAUCUGCUACUACCAAUAACCAUGCACUGAAAGAACAGGGGGGGGUGUAGGGGAGAGAAAUGUGCCUUAUCAAUGUGCUUUAAGUAUUGAAUGCUCAUCAAAAGGAGGCUAAAACAGUUUAACUAAGGAUGAUAACCCAUGUUAAGUAAUCUUGAAAAGAAACCACCUAAAGGGUAGGAUGGACAUUUACACAAUCCCCCCACCCCCCAGGAAAUGCAUCACCAAAACCAUUGAUUUGCAUAUACUAUUUAUAUGUACAGUUGCAAAUUUAGAUAUAAUGAUUGUUAUUUAAAUAGAAACAUACAUCUCUUUAUAGCAGGGAAGACAGUGAACUAGUGAGUGUUGUGUGCUGUUUCCAGGUGAUAACUGUAGGUGGGCAACUUCAAGCCUCCCCACUCCCCUGCUGCUCUUUUCUUAGGAUUCUUUCUUUUUAAUCCAGAUUCACAGUAGGCAGCCCUUGAAAUAAAGGACUGUCCUUUACCACCCCUCCAAGCAGAAGGUUGUCCUCUGCAAAGUAGGACAUAUUGGAAUACCUUGUUUCUGUUAGAGCAAACUGGGACACAGGGAGGAGAAAUGGAGGUGCAGGAGAGAUGGAUUCCGUUACCUUUUUUAAAACCACCCUUUGCUUCCUGCAGGUAAUGGAGAAGAAUAUAUUCUAAUGGGUUGUAAUCACUGGGUAGAUAAUCUUCCUCCAUUAUCACACCACUCUAACAGGACAGUCUCCAUUCUAUUAACACGGCAGAGGUUCUGAUGCCUGUGCUUAUGUGAGGGAAGAAAUGCACUGUUCACUACAUGCUUAAUUUUAGCUGUUAUGUCCGGGAUAUUCUUAGAAGUAACAUGGUAUCUCAGGGUGGUGGGACUACUUGUUCCUAUGAGAUCACACUUAUGCAGCAUUGCGGGGGUAACAUUUGUGGGAGAGAAUCAGUUUGUUUGUUUUUUGGCGGGGGGUUGUGUAACAAUUUCCCAACCAACCAAGUCUCUGAUGCAAUCCCUUCCCUGGCCUUUUUAAAAAAAGCUCAGCCACAUUUCAAGAAAGGAAGGAAGCCCAGAUUUUGGGGGGGACGACGACAGAGAUUACCUGGGAGAGAACUUGCCAAGGAGAAGCAGUAGUUAGGGGGAGUGUUAAACAUUCCCAUCUACUAAUUCAUCCUUGUACACAUGCAUGCACACAACAAUCAGAUUCCCUUGGUAAACAUGGGUUUGGGAAGAUGCAUUUGCCAAGGAGAUGUAAAGGUCCAUUCUUGGAGCCUCUUCAUGUGUCAGAAAUUUUGUUCCAAAGAAAUAAAUUUUGUGCAGGAAAAAUACAUAGCAUGCACACAACAGUGUCUGAUGAGCACUCACACUAGUUUUCCGCAUGUGCACAUGUGUUGGAAAAUGUGGCUUUGUGCUGUGUGUACAUGCAGAACAGUAGACCCUCAUGCUCACCCCAGGUGGCAGUGUACACAAUGCUUACAAAUAGCUGCUUGUGCAAUUGUGUGUAAUAAAAACUUUCAGGUGAUCUGGCAGUUAAGUCUUCUAAUGAAAAGAGCUUAUUUGUUCUCUCCCUCGUCCCCCACCCCCGUCUCCCUGGGACCAUCCAUGUGCCAAAGAUGACCAAUAUAUUUUGUUUGUGGGCAAAUUGGUUAUAUUUUUCUCAGGCUAUUAAUUUUUGAAAAUUUAGUUGUAAAGCUGUUGUAUACAAUCUUUUCCUGCAAGCAAGUAAUAUCCAUUCUGAAAAUAGUCACAUGUGAAGCAGCCCUUAGCUGGGUUCCAGAUGCCCUUAUUUCAUUCAUCUCCUUAAAGAAAUCCCAUAACUUUGUGCACUAGUCAGAACCAGAAUCUUCCCCUUCCCAACACCCUUACUUCUUCCCUGUUUGGUACCAGUAUCUCUCCUCAGUUAAGUCAUCAAGACAACAAGGAAUGAGGAUGUCCCUUGCUAGCAGCGUAGCUCAGAAGGCCCCCACAGUCCCAAUAUUGUGACUGGGGUGGUAGCAUCUGGGAAGGCAUCAUCUCUUACCCCAUGAUAUUUAUUUAUUUGCUUGCAUUUGCAGGGUGCUCAAAAAGAUUUCCCUGGUGAGGAAACCCUUUUGCUGAAUGACACCAAAUGGGGUGGGGUGGGACAUUUUUUCCCUAAGGAUAAAAGUAUUUAAGAAUUAUUUCAGAAGUGAUAUUUUAAUGGGACCAUUGGGAAUUGCAAAGCUUUUUGUCUCUUCACUGGAUGUAGAUUUCCUAAACAGACAAUAAGUCUAAUAAAUCUCUUGACCCACA